AUGGGUCUUAUGGUAUCUUUAAAUGGUGUCGCGGGAGGUGUUGAGAAAUUACACCGUGAUGAGUCUAAUCCGUUAGAUAUUGAAGAGCUAAAGAGGUCUCGAGAACCAGAUCGAGGUAUUAUUGAACGUGACGACCAGGGAAAUGUGAUCGAAGUUAUUAUAGAUAAGGAGAAAGAUGAAGGAUUUGAUACAAAUGUUCAUCCCACACCUGCGAAAACAGAUAUCAUAAGAGAACUAGAAGCAAAAGCUUCAGUUGUAUAUAAAAGAGAGCAAUAUCAUUCUGAGGAAGAACGACGAUUUGUGGAAAAAUUGAUCAAUAAAUAUGGUGAUGAUUAUGAGUCUAUGUUUAGGGAUAUAAAGUUGAAUGUGUAUCAAUAUACUGCUGCUCAACUAAAAAAAAAAUGUCAAAAAUACUUGCUAGACAGCUCGAAUAAAUCUUGCUCGUGA